AUGUCAUCCAAAAUAACCUUCUCAAUCCACAACCAAACGGACCUCAAAUUGAAACGCCCAGACCUAUUCUCCAGCUCUCACCAAUUCACCCACCCCCGCUAUGGCACUCUCUCCUGGAAAGAAAGCGAUCUCCACGAGAAAAAGUACAAGCUUUUGGACUCGAAUAAGAACGUACUAGCUCGUUUCGACAAGUACAAGCCAGCAGACCAGAAGACCAAAUCGUCCUUUUGGGGAUCUUCAUCCAAAAACGGGAAGGGCUGGGCUUUUUCGAUCUUUGUGAAUGCUGAUCCGGAAUUCUUGGACUGGAUUAUGGUUACGGGGCUAGGGGUAGUUGAGUAUCGGGUUGCAAGUGAUCGGGCGUGGGGGGAGGCGCUUGUUGAGGGGGUGGGUGCAGCGGCUUGA